UCCCUGGAUAAAACACAGCACUUGAGUAUUUCCCUCUUUGAAGCUCCUUUUCCUGUUUUUUUCCUCUGUUUCUUAGCGAGUUCAGGAUUUCUGUGCUUGCCUGGGUCGGUGCAGAGUCAGCUGCCUGUCCUCCCCCGCGCUGACUUCAGGCCCCAGGAAUGCGCAGGGCGCUGCCUCGUGGGCACCAGGAAACCUCCCGAGCUUGGCGUCCUGGAAAAGGGAGUCCCGUCAACUCCCGGCCUGUGUGAAGGUGUGUGCUUGUAUCUCUGUGUCUGUGCAGCCUUGGGACUUGUGAACCCAGCUCAGGGGAGGGUCAAAGCACCCAGAAUUUUAAACAACCCGUGACUUCGGCAUUUUUGUGAAAAAGGGAGGCUGAGCACAAAAGGAAACUCUAUCAGCCCCUUCAUGAGGGCAGAUGAUGCAGCAUGGCAUCACCCCUUAGUUCAGAUCUAUUCAGGUGCUCAGGACUCCCAGGGGGAUGUUGGAUGUUUGCACCAGAGAAUGCAGCCCUGAGCUGAACCCGUACCUGGCGGUGCUGGCUUUAGCUGCUGUGUGACCCCGGUCCCCGGGGGCAGCAGCGGCCCCACGCCUGACAGACAGAUGUCAUUGAAGUGCUGUGCAACAGAGCCUGGAGUCAAAUAUAGCGCUGUGAUGAUCUAGGUCGUGCAACUUAAUGAUUUCACUGCUGAAUGUAAAAUUAUUUUUGUUGUAUUUUUAGUAAGGCUCGUGCGGGCUGUGGGAAACAAACCCCUGGGAGCUGCGGGGCUGUGCGGGCGGUGGGGGCUGCACUCAUCCGUGCCAGGGCUCCUGUAUCCUGCACCCCCCGUGCCAGGGCUCCAGCACCCCCCGUGCCACCCCCAGGCUGAGCCCCGGCCCCCGCACCCUGCGGGCCGCAGGGGUCCCGGGCAGUGCUGGGGCUGGCCCGGUCAGACACCGCCCGGGAGGUCCCGUUUGGGAGAGCUGAUGUGGAGGCCUUGGCUCGAGGUGGUCGAACAGCUAAGAAAAGCAGGAUGGGGCUGCUCGGGGAACUUUCCCUUGUGAGAGUCAUCGGUACACUGACACAAAAGAAGCUCGUGGCUCUGGGCGGGAGGGAUGAGCAGCGCCUCUGUGUGCUGGCCUGGGGUGCCAAGGGAGGGGUGGCUGCAGGGCACCGGGCAGCACAGCACGGGCUGUGAGUGCCUGCCCAGCAUCAGCUGUGAGUACCUGCACUCAGCUGUGAGUACCUGCACUCAGCUGUGAGUACCUGCACUCAGCUGUGAGUACCUGCACUCAGCUGUGAGUACCUGCACUCAGCUGUGAGUACCUGCACUCAGCUGUGAGUACCUGCACUCAGCUGUGAGUACCUGCACUCAGCUGUGAGUACCUGCACAGCAGCAGCACCUGUGAGUACCUGCACUCCGCCAUGAGUACCUGCACUCAGCUGCUCUGUCGGGCUCGCAGUGGGGCUCAUGCUUGGCUCUCUCAUUGCUGCUUUGAGCUUCCUCUCCUGUCCCAUUGCUCCCCCAGUCAAAAGAAGGUGAAUCCAGGUGAGGUCUCACAGUGUGGUUUGUGUCAGGCUGUGGCUGCUGGGGACCCUUGGAGAAGCAGCAAUCCUGGGCCUGAUUCUGUGGGGCUCACAGAGGAACGGGUGGAUCAGGCUUCCCAGUGAGUGCAGCAGGAGCCGAGCGUGAUUCAUGCAAAUCAGGGUUUCCAUACAAAGUGAGAUUCCCUGUGUGAGAUGGAUGGAGCCAUCAGCACCACCGUGGUGCUGAGGAGGUGCCGAGGGCGGCUCCGGGCUGCGUGCUCACCCAGGCGUGUCCAGGCCUGUUCUCUUGGUACAAGAAACAAUUUUUACACGUCCUUAUGAGGAGGCUGCCAGCAGCCCUAGGGACCCUCAGAGCUCUGUCUGUCAUGACAGAAACUGCUUGUGGCAGCUGUUUGCCUGGUGGAAGCUCUGUGCAGUGGAGUUAUUAGCAGGCAGCUUCUAAACUGUCAUCCUAGCAUUUCAUUAACAAACUUCUAAAAGACAUAAUGAAUUAAUCUGUUGAGAGAAUUAAGCUUUAACAGUGCUGAGUUUGAACUGAAAGAAGUUAAAUGAAGCUCUCUGCCUACAUCCUGCCAAGCAGAGUCCCACUUGAUGUGUAAUGUGUAAUGGUGGAUAUGUACUAAAAUCUUGGAAAUAAAAAAAAAGAGAUUUAAACUCCUGUUGGGAACCUAUGUGAUUCAGGUAGGUGUUGGGAGAUGUUUAAGGCCCAGGCAGCAGUUACCUGGAGGUGUGUUUUAUAGCACAUAUAUUCUUCAUUUUACCCCUUGAAAGGUCAGAGGAGCUCGAGAUCCAGCCAGGGACGGGCACAGGAAGCAAACCCAACUGGCAGAGACAAGGCCAGAGAGGUGCCAGCUUUGGGGUGACGAGUGGGAUCUCUGAGGAUGCCUGGAGACCAAGGUCUGGGAGUGCUGGGGAAAUGAAACCCCUCAGCUGGGGCUGCAUGAGGUGAUCACUGUCUCCUAAAAACGAAAACCAAACCCAGAAUGGUCCAAAAAGCCCUAAAAGGCAUCAAGAAUUACAAAUAGGGAUUGAGCACUAAUGAGAGAAUAUCUUAAUUAGAUCUCACAACCUGUAGAGGAAUUCAUUAGAUUAAAAUGAAACUGAGCUUUGUGCUCUCAGGGUUUCAGUGUGAGAAUGGGAGAGGAAUAAUUUGCGAGGCUGGAUUGCUUUUUCUCUGAAUUUGUCUUUUUAACUUUUUACCGUGUCAGAAAAUUAUGAAAAGCUACUGGGAUGAUGUAUUUUGGGGUAGUUCUUAUCAUUUCCAUGGUUUCAGAAACAUGGGUAGAGUUUCCUAUUUAAUCUUCUCCUUCCAGGUUAAUUCCUUUCUUCCUGGGGUGUGCAGCCUGGCCCCCACUCACCAACCUGCUUUUGAUUCUCUACCAGUGAUAUUUUCUCUUUGUGAAUUUCUAUCAAUAUUUAAUACAGUGGUGUCAGUUUUGCUGUAAGAUGAGAGGAACUACUAGAAACCUUGAAUUAUACAUCAUGUGGCUGGGGGAAGCUGGCAGCGUUUUCCUUUGGACCCAAAGCUCUUGGAGCUGAUCUCCAGGACCUGCAGCCUGAAAUCCCAGUGAUGGAGGAGCCCCAGAAGAAGCCGAGCCAGCGGCACGAGGGGCGGCCCCGCAAGGUGAGGUUCAAAAUCUCCUCGGCUUACAGCGGGCGGGUGCUGAAGCAAGUCUUCGAGGACGGGCAGGAGCUGGAGCCCCCGGCCAAGGAGCACUCGCGGCGCUUCCUGCGCCACAGCUUCGAGCCGGGGCCCGGGGAGCUGCCAGAGAGCAGCUUCUGCUGGCCCACGGCCCUGACUGCGCAGAGGAUCAGCAUCCUCCGAGAGGAUCGGGAGCACGGGCUCAGCGGGACCGCGCCCCUGCUCAGCGACUGCCGGCCCGGCGCCAGCCACUGCAGGACUUCCCCAGUUGUAGAUUUUGGCAAGAUCAUCAUCUACACCAAUAACCUGAAAAUUAUCCGUGCACCGAUGAACCAGAAGGAGCUCAUGAGAAGAAUCAUCCAGACUGAGGGAAUAAAUGACUGGACGUUCGUGUACCGGGAGAAGAAAGAACGAUUUAGUGGUGGACAUAAAAAAGAUGGGGAGAAUAAGUUCACUUGCAACCAGCAUGUGCAGGAGGGCAGUGCUGAACACGGCUGCUCCCAGUGCAAAGGCUCAGGCUGUGCUCCCUGCUCGCUGUGCCACGGGAGCAAGUUCUCGAUGCUGGCGAACAGAUUCCGGGAGUCCUACCGGGCGCUGCGGUGCCCGGCGUGCGACGAGAGCGGGCUGGUGCCGUGCCGGGUCUGCGCUGCCUGAGCCCCCGGAGCAGCGCUGGGGCCGGGAACGGACGGGACAGGCCCUGCACAUCCCUCCCCUCUCCGGCCACCCUGCGGCCCGCCCUGUGCCCCCGGGCUGUGUCCCUGACACCCGGCGCGGGGCAGCCGCAUCCCCGACCCCAGCAAACAUCCAGCAUUCGGAGAAGCACCUGUGCAAUUGUCCCUGCAGCUGCAGCUCCAACAGCGCCACUGCUGCCCUGCCCCUCCUGUGGGGACUGGGACCAGUCUGUACUGGUGCAGUGCACAGGGGUACUGG